AUGCAUGAUAGCGCAGCUUAUGCACGCAAGCUACCUCACCAAGAUUUGCCUAACGCAGAAAACCAAAAUUCUGCUGGUUAACCAUUAUGGCUGAGGAAAUUCCUUACUUCAACCUCAAUUUCGGCUUUCUGCAAAGAAAAUUCUUCAAGGGCAGAAAAGGAGAAAAAUGUUUCCAGCCGAAGAAGAAAGAAACGCAAAUGGAAACGUAAGUGACAAAAAUUUCAACCAACUGGGUUUCAAAAGAUUUUAAGGUGCACAAAUAGACUUAUCACAGUCUACUAAUAACAGAAAUUAAAGAAACACUUGAAAUUUAAACUGUAUUUACCUUCUCAAGAGAGUGUUUUCUAAAAAGAGGAAGAAGUUGUAUUCAACGUUAAGGACAAGCUAAUAGAAAAUGUGAAAGUUUCAGUGUCAACAGUAACGCCGUAUUCGAUACAUUUAAAUGAUACCUAUUUUUGUUUCGAAAAUAUGUCCUAAUCAGAAGUUCAACUAAACGACAAAUCUUUGUCUUCGAAUGGAGUGCUAAAACAGUUUCACCCUUACCUGAACUUGAAGAAAUGAAAAAAAUACAGUCGGACGAAAGCUUGUAGCAUGUCUCGGUUUUACAGUUAAGACAAGAGAGACGAAGAGUACAAUAAGCCACCCUUAAUUUACCACCCUAUAUAUAUAAAUAUAAAUAUAUAUAUAUAUAUAUAUAUAUCUUAGACGUCACUUUGAACCUGAAAUAGAACAUCUACCAGCCCUUCACAAAACCUAACACCACACCACAAUACGUCCACUGCGAGAGCAACCACCCACCAACCACCACAAAGAACAUACCCGCCGGCAUCAACAAACGACUGUCAUCCCUUUCAUCUGACAAAGCAUCCUUCGACCAAGCCGCUCCGCCGUACCAAAAAGCACUCGACGAAUGCGGAUACCGGUACACUCUACAUUACGAACCACGCACGACUAACAACCGGAAAAACAGACAAAGGAACAACAUUCUCUGGUGCAACUCCCCAUUCAGCAAAAACGUCAGCACUAAUAUCGGACACAGAUUCCUUGCCCUAAUAGACAAGUACUUCCCUAAAGACCACAACUUAGAAAAUUUUUAAUCGUAUAACAAUCAAGAUACAGUUACAGCUACAUGAAUAACACUAAACAGAUCAUCGACAACCACAACAAACGCAUUCUAAAUUCAUCCAAACACAUCAAUGACACCGCAGAUAACACCAACACAAAAGACAGCAAAAUUUGCAACUGCCGACAGAAGAACACAUGCCUACUUAACGGAAACUGCCUCCAAUCAUCACUAAUCUACCAAGCCACCGUCACACGUAAGGACAACAGCACCACUGAAACAUACAUCGGACUUACAGAAAAUGACUUCAAGACUAGGACAGAAACCACACCGCAUCAUUCCAACACACAAAACUUAAAAACUCUACCGAACUCUGCAAGCAUAUCUGUACCCUUAAAGAAAAUAACAUUGACCACUAUAUUUCAUGGUGCAUUCGUUCAUUAAGAUCGCCCUACAACAGUGCAAAUUAAAGAUGCAACCUCUAUAUCAAAGAAAAAUUACUCAUCAUUCGCCGACCCGAAUUAUCAUCACUCAAUAAACGUAAUGAGCUCGUGUCCUCAUGCCGCAGCUUCCGUUAAGCGGGCAUGUGUUCUCUGUCGGCAGUUGCAAGUUUUGCUGUCGAUCACGGUGUUGGUGUUAUCUGUGGUGUCAUCGAUGUGUUUGGAAAAUCGAAACAGACUUAUUAAUUCGCUCCAGGUUAAGACUUUUCGAGCACUCUACGAUAAUCCGCAAUGGGAAAAUUCAAUAUUGGUUACUCCACAAAGAAUAUUCCUCAACCAAGAAUAUUCCUCCACCAUCGCAGAACGACUUCUUACCACGCCUCGUUGAAAAAACCUAGCAGUCUUUACGCAGAAUACGUUAGAAAGCUUACUUCUUCGACUCUGCCUCAGCUCAAGACAACAUCACUGACGACGAAAGAAACAUCAUAAUACAUGCAAAAUAUUCGAUCCUUAUGCACAAACAGCAACCUCGGCAAAAGAAGGGCGAUACAACAUUUGACGUCACAAUGGGCAGCUACGACGAUGCUGAAACAUGCGAGCUAAGGAGGAAGUUUCCUCCUUUUCCAACUGCAAAACCUCAACAUCAACAUCGGAUUUUGCCGAGGCGACGGACUGGCCAUUUCCAACGCCACACCGAAAGAUACAGAAAACAUCAAAAAGGAAAUACGCCGCAUCUUUAAUCAUAAUGGACUACGGAUCACCAUCGAAACCAACAAACAGACCAUCAACUUCCGAGACGUCACUUUCAACCUGAAUAAAAGCACCUACCAGCCCUUCACAUAGCCUACACCACUCAAUAUCAUCACUCAAUAAACGUGAUGAACUCGUGUCUUCAUGCAGCCACAGAAACAACGCGUUACCGCGUAACAAUUGAACAUAGCAUCUAAAUUUACCGCCACGCCUAUUAUGCAAAUCUGUAAAGUUUAUAAACGAUGGUUACGAAUAUUCUUGACAAUAAAAUCCCCUGGUGAGAGGGUAAUCACGAAACAGGCUUCUAAGGAUGAAAGUAUAGUCCCUUUGUUUUUUUCCUUAUCUAAGUGUACAUCGCACUCUACUUCUACUAAGGGGAAACAUCGAAACACAGACUUCCUAUAUAUAUACACCCAUCGAGACUUUUCAGGGUUUAAUUACAACGAAAAAAAUGAUGUUUGAAGAAUAGCAAAAACCAUAGUAAUAUCCUAAUGCUUAUGAUAACUAUAUUUAAAAAUUAUAUCAGUACUCCUUAAAAAUAUUGUUUAAAACUAGUUUAAAACUUAAAAAGAGUCAUUACAUCUAACACUUUUGGGCAGAUUGUUCCACGCUGUAACUUCUCCACAAGAAACUGUCCUGACAUGCAGAUGAGCAGCACUUCGGAAUCUGCCACAGAUUUCUAGUGUUGCGGCCGUGGAUAUCUAAUCUUAUGAUAAGCCUGUCGCUCAAGUACGAUGGAGCUAGACAUUUGAGGCACUUAAAAGCCAUAGCAGCAUCUCUUAAUCUUAGUUACCCAAGGUUAUGUGAUUUACUUUGGUUUUCCUUCGUUUUCAGAGGAGCUUGUUCGUUGCUUAUGGUAUUAAAGGUAUGUAGAAAUUCACUGAACUUUCAUUUGUUUCAGCAGCUUUUAAUACAGGAGACCAGUAGGCCAUUUUCGAUAUAUAUUAAAAUUCGAACUUUGCUCUGAGGCUUGGAGGAAUAAAACAAAGGAAAUCACAUCGAGGUUGGGGAAUGAAUGAUUAAAAUUAUUUUGUUUUAUUCCCCCAAGACUUGGAACCAUGUGAGAAUUCUAAUGUAUAGAAAAUGGCCUAUUAAUCUUUCUUAAAUCAAUUAAAAAAUUGAUUUUUUUGUCAAAUUAUUAUUUCGCAAUACUACCACCAAUACUAUAAGACGCGAAAUUGGAAUGAAUAUGGUCAAGAGAAACUUCCUGAAUUUUUCAGCGAUCCUGAUGACCUAAAUUAUCAGAGGAUUAAAACCCUCGGAUUCAGUAUUAGAGAUAAAUGUGCUUAUAUUUAGGUCUCUAGGAUCAAGGCGGUUAAGUUAGGGUUCGACCAGCCGGAUGCAUUGUCUCUUCAAGUUUAUCAAGAAAUUCCUUCAACUGUCUAUUUGGCUGAUUGUAAAUAACCUUAACAGUCAUGUCUGGUGUCAACAUACCUAUUUCCAGUUUUAUCAAUUUUUAAAUCGCCUAUAAUGUUGAAAUCAAAAUUUUGCUAUAUGCAGGGGGACACUCAGUUUCCAAAAGAGGAAUUGCGAACAUGAGUCACCAUACUAUAACCUGAUAAGUCAAACUGCAUUAUAUUAUAUUAUAUUGAGGUGUAAAUCUUGUUUCAGAAAAAGCUAACAUUUCAAAGAAAAAAAGAAAAGAGUGAUUGAAGCCGAUUAUCUCACAAACAUCACCAAGUUGUCUAUUAAUAUAUUCAGGUGAAGUGCUGGUGGGUGUGGCUUCAAAACAACAGAGAGCUCCUUAUUAAGAGUAAAUAUUCCAUGAUUAUUGUAGGAUAAUCUAUUAAAUCAGGAUCGCUCGAACAGUAGGCCCUUAACAAAAAAAUGAUAUCUACUCUUAAUAAAAAAUCACUUUGACUUGUAAACAAUUACGAAAUGCGAAUUUAUAGAACAUGUAUUGAGUAUUUUUUCUCCAAACUUCACAAGGCUGCUAUGGAAAUCAUAAUUCCGACAUUGGGCGGUCACUUGAAUCGAUAUGUAACUAAAUUUUCAAUCCGCAUUUUGAAAAUUAAUCUGAAAAGGCAGAAAAAAAUUACAGAAACCAGACAAUGCAAUUAAAAAGUAGUUACCUUUUAUGUUGCGAUUUUGCCCUCACAAUUUUCUGUCUGCUAUCACUAUUAAUGACUUUCCACUUUCGUAUAUCAACUUAGUGAUUUGUGUUUACGUAACCUGAUAAAGUUUUUUUUUCAUUGCUUAUGAAAAGAAACAGUCCUUGAUUCCAGAAUUCAUGGAUAUACUAGCUUAUUGAAAACAAAUCAAAAUUCACAGUCACCAUUACUUUAGCUCAUUUCUCGUUAUGUUUUCUGAUACGCAAAAUAUCUUUGAGGACCUUCAAUAUUAUGCCCACCACGACCUCGUGACGAAAACGUCUCGAUUUCGGAAAAUGUCAGUCUUCAUCAUCAGAUUUAAUAGUUUCGAACUAUGCUGAACGCCGAACAUCUUCCAUAGACGGCUUAUUCGAAGCUAUCAAGGAAGUUGACUACUUUCUAUUAAAAUUGAGAAAAUCGUUUUAAUAAAACACUCGACUGAUUAGAGCACGAACGGAGUGGGGAAGAAGACUGGGCAUUUCCCGCAGAUAAUUCAAAAUCUGUCGAAGAAGUUAACAAAGAAUACUCUGAGAAAAUGAGAAUAACUGUUUUAUUGACACAUAUCGAACUCAUGGGGUACAAAUAGUCUUAACAUGAAUGUAGUGACCACGCCCACUUCAACACCCCACUCAAAUCGAGUGUAAUUUUCGAAUGUUUUACCAUCGUGUGGAUUCUCUACGGAAAAAGCGCUCAAUGUACCUCUGAAAUAUUAAACUAUAAUAUUGUGGCUUUCUAUUUCGCUAAUUUUCUAACUUGAAGGUAAAGUUUUUCCCUCGUCUUUUUUACCUUUUCUCCGAGCGGUUGCUUGAAAUUAACAAGGCGUUUUUGAUCAAAACACGACCGAGCGAAGGGCCUCGGGCGAUAUCUCUUUUACGCAGGCGCAAAUUAAAAAUGUACCACCAGAAUCAAAAAGAGGAACAAAUUUCCUUUGUUUUGAUAUGUAAAGUGUUGGACAAAAAGCAGAUUUACCCUCGUCAAAUAGCGUUUCAAAACAGCUGUAUGUUGUAAAGCGUGAAAGCAGUAGGAGAGGAAUCGGGAAACUCAGAAAGCGCUUCGGGAAUUAACCUGCCAUCGUUUACUUACAAGAUAAACAAGUAAGAUUUGUGAAGUUCGUUGAAGUAUAAAGUCUAAAUAAAAGCCUUUUUUAAGCUUGUUUGCUGGAUUUUUCGUAAACUUCCCUGAUUAAUUUUUCGUUUCAGCUUACUAAUCUAUACUAUUUCAAAGCAAUGUAAAGACGAAGACGGAGAACCAUGAGUCGGUCCUUUCAACAAUCGUAAACAAAGUGUUUGAGCAAUCGGGUAUACGAGGUGUAAUAAUCAAUAGCCGCAUAUCAGAAGUCUUCAGAAAGAAAGUAACUGUCUUCAGAAAGCUGUCAAGAAAGCUAGUGAUCGUGGCGGAUGGCAAUUAAAUGCACUUCUUAGCAAGUUGGAAACGGGCCCUCGGUAUCGAUUUAGUAUCAUAUCGAUCAUACAGUUUUGUAUCUUUAUUCCGUGGAUUCGCCUUUCUAACGAGGGUGUAUGUUGAGUAUUCAUUGCAAAAUCGCUUUGUUUUUUUUUUUAUUUCCCUCUUUGGCUUGUCUGCCAUUUUGAAAAUUCGUAACGGAGAGCAUGCGCAUUAGGUGGGGUUAAUGGUUGCGUACACCUGGAACCGAGAAAAACAAAUGUUCGUCGCACUGGGGAAAGAGUUUGAUAUGUUGAGUGAUUGAAACGCAAGCAAAAUGUAGCAGAUGCCUAUCGAAAAUUUAAUUUAAUAUCCCAGUUUUACAGACCGCCGCUUCACAGUCAUUUUAUUUAAUUCAUUCGUCACCACAUGUGCACAUACAUCCAAAAAAGGAGAAAUUUCUUUACAGGGGGCAGUAACAGGGAAAGGUCUCAAUUGAUACAUACAAUUUAACUUAUUAGAAUUAAUUUGAAUUCAUUAGUUGAAUUAUUUGAAUAAAACUAGUUAUUUUUCUCAUCUACUCUUAUAAAUUAACGGGGAGUUCCAAAACCGUUCAACAAUUGAAACCAAAGUCAGAAAAUAAUAGUUAGAUCCUUGUAUUUCUGUCAUCAUUUUUUUAUUAAAGCUUCCUUGGUCUUCCAUUAUUCAAAACUCAGCUGUUGGCCAGAAGCAAGGAAAAAAAACUGGACGGAAAACAAUGGAUUCGGAACUCAAACAGAGAAGUCUUGUUCUGAAUAUUUUGGAGCCAUGUAUUCUUGUUACAGUGACAAUGGUGUGCCUGAUUGGAAACUGCCUUAUAUGCAUAGCCGUGUACAGAAAUGCAAGGCUCCGUACCUCUACCUGAUAUCUUUUUACUGA